AUGCAGCAGUGGACCUGUGGUCCUGCUGUGCUGCCGCAUCUGACUGAUGACGCCAUCCAGCACCACUUGCGCGUUGUCGGCAGCCACCACUUAGGCGUUUUCCAGGCCGUCACGGCCCACCUCACUGGCGAGGCCAAGUGGCUGGCUGAGGGUGCAGAGGCCGUGAAGGUGAAGCUGGCGUCCGUACUGAUGGAGUACCGCGACAGUGGGCGUGCGGCCAUUCCACCCGAUGCCUCCCCCAUUUUCAAGGACUUGUGUGAGCACGCCGCCAAGCCGAUGUUGGAGGAUGGCUUCAAAGGCACCUCAAAGGAAUUGACGCACCUACAGCUGGAGUACAUCAUGGAUGAAAUGCGGGGCUUUCCAGAUGUUUUGGCUGACACCGAUCUGCCAGCAGACAAGUUGGCAAAGUUCCACGUGGCAAUUUGUGGCGCCGGGGUCCAUGGAAUCUCGGUGGCUAUGCGGUGCCAGAGGGCCGGCAUUCCCUACACCAUCCUGGAGCGUGACACUGAUCUCAGUGGAACAUGGCAUCAAAACAUCUAUCCAGGGGUGCGUUGUGAUACCCCUUCGAUCACUUAUUCGUUCUCUUCGGAUCCAAACCCCAAUUGGAAGUACUACUUUGCCUAUGGUCACGAGGUGAAGGAGUACAUCAAGAGAUUGUGUGACAAGUACGGCAUCACCAAGAAUUGUGUGACCGGUGCAACUGUGGAGAGCGCUACGUUUGAUGAGAGCAGUAGCACGUGGCAGGUGAAAUAUCGCAAGGAUGGUGAGGAAAAGGUCAUGAAUUCCAACGUUUUUGUGGCGGCCGUGGGGCAGUUGACCAAUCCCUCCAUCCCCAAAAUUCCCGGACAAGACAAGUUCAAGGGCCCAGCUUGUCACACAGCUCGCUUUAUCCCAGGGUUGGACUUCAAGGACAAAAACGUGGUGGUCAUGGGAACUGGUGCGACAGCGAUGGGUAUCUGCCCUGAGAUCCAGAAGGUGGCCAAACAUUUGGCGAUUUUUCAGGGCACUCCACAAUGGUAUGUGGACAUUCCCAACCACAAGCGGCCAAUCAGUCUGGAGGAGCAGUGGUGCAUGCGUUACGUUCCUUUUUAUGAAAGAUGGUAUCGCUUCAAUGCUCUUAGACAGAUUGUGGGUUCCUACCUAGAUGUGUUGAAGUCGGGGUCAGAGGCCAACAAGUCCCUGGAAGAAGAGUUGACAGAAUACAUCAAGAGGCAGGUGAACUUUCGCCCUGACUUGGUUGAAAAGAUGGUGCCAAAGUACCCACCCAUUUGCACCCGCAUGCUGGUGGAUAACAACUGGUGUACCAUGAUGCUGGAAGACAAUGUCACUUUGAUCAAUGGACGAGCUCAAGAAAUUAGAAGUACUGAGGUCGUAGGACCGAAAGGCGAAGUUCUUCCCGCAGAUGUCAUCAUCUACGCCACGGGCUUCCAAUCUACCCGAUUCUGUAGCGCCUCCUUGAAGAUUUUUGGCAAAGGUGGGGUGGAACUUUCGGAGGAUUGGGGCCUGGAACCAACUGCCUAUUUGGGGUUGACAAGGCCGAAGUUCCCGAAUUUCUACAUGACUUACGGCCCGAACGCCAAUGUCAGCUCAGGUGGUAGUAUCGUUUGGUGUGCUGAGAUUGCUGGUAGGUACGUUGGCCAAUGCAUUGCUGCUAUGGUACGCUAUGGAUACAAGGAGCUGGCCGUGAAACCAGAAGUUCACGAUGAAUACAAUGACUACAUCACUCAGGAGUUGAAAUGGACAGCCUGGGAUGACCAGCGAUGCGUGUCAUGGUACAAGAGUGGCGCCGGGAAGGUGACCAAUAAUUUGCCCAUGGGCCUUGAGGAGUUCUGGGGAUGGAUUUUGGAGAUUGGUGCCAUUUUGCGUAGCCCUGGCACGGAACUUGGGCACAGCUCUCUGGAAAGCAACGAGGCAUCGUGCCCUGAAGAAGUGCAAGAAAAGCUGCGAGGGCAGCAGGGCCUGGGGCUUUCGGGAGAAGGCGAUCCAUGCGAUUGGCCGGGCAUUGAAUGCUACUGCUAUGUGUGCGAAAUUCACAGCACUGAGGCGACCGGAAACCUGAGUUCUGUGAGGGAGAUGACCAGGGAGAUUACCGAACUGACAAAGCUGGACCUUAAAGGCAGUCAGGUCACCGGCGAUAUCGCAGAGCUAUUGAAGCUGAAGAAUCUCAAAUACCUUAACCUUGCGCAGACACAGGUCAUGGGCAAUGUUGAGCAGCUGUCACAGCUGCAGUCACUUCAGAUCCUUUUCCUUUCUCAGACGCGGGUUGUGGGUGAUGUCAGUGAUGUCACGAAGCUGAAGCGACUCAAGCCGACUUGUCCGGCACCGCCAGUGAGUGAUACCACAGACCAGGCCCCCAAUGGCCCGCCCGUACUCGGCCUAGCCCUAGCGGCCGUCGGUUUCCGGCACCACAUGGCCCUGGCGCGGCUGGCGCUGGCGGUGCCCUUCGUGCUGCUGGUGCUGCAGCUGCGACGGCCGGAUUCACCCGAGAUGCUGGCGUUGAGGCUGCAGCAGGAGACGCAAUUCAGAGGUCCAGGGAUUGAGAAGCAAAGAACAGAGAUGCUGAAGUGGCAGCGCAUCUCGGAGUCUCAGCGCCAAUUUCUGUUGGAUGGUGUGCAACAAAACCUGCGCAGUGAUGGGCGUGGGCCCUUCGACUAUCGACGAGUGAUCUUUGAACUGAACGCCAUCCCCACCUCCACCAGCAGCUGUCGCUUGCGUGCUGGCGAGACGGAAGUGCUGGUGGCCCUGAAAUGCGAUUUGGUCAAGCCACGCUGGACACAGUCAGAUGCGGGUCAAGUGCAGGUGACGGUGGACUGUGCGCCAUCGGUGUCUGUGGCUUUGGCCGAUAGCUCUACUGCAGAGGAGAGCGGGGAUGGGGAUUUCACAGGGAUUCGCCGAUGGAAUUUCUGA